UCCUGUGGGAAGGUGAGGAGCCACACCGACCUUUCCCAUAGGAGUGACAAAAAGUUUCUUCUGUUUAUUGGAUCAUUUGUGAAAUUUAGAAACCACAUAACCCUAAUUACUUUAGAAUAAAUCCACCCUGGAUCUGGCUCGUAUCGUUUUGAACUAUCCGGCUUUCUUAUCUGUCGCUGGCCCCCACAUCUUCCUCCCCCCAGCGGAGAGGAAGAGGACAGACAAGUAGACAGCGAAGGCGAGGAGGAAAGGAAAAAAACUGCGCUGCAUAGUGUGUGAAUGGAGCAGUGUGCGAGUACGGCCUCCCUGCUGGCCUCCGUGCGGGAGCAGGAGAGGCAGUUUGAGAUGCUGAGCCGGGCUCUGGAGGAGGAGCGGAGGUCGUGUGCCGGCACCUUGCCCCGCCCCCUCCCCAACAUGCAGAACGGCCGCAUUCCUUGUGAUGCAGACCUAGAAAGGCUGACGCUGAACGAGGGUUACAUCAACGGGACGCAUCAUUUCAGGAUGGAGCCUGGUCAGCUGAUGCAGGAGACUUUCACAAUGGAGGAGCCUCAGGAGGUGGCCCCGGUAAUCUCCGUGGAGAUGGAUGACGAUGGGACUACAAGGCGCACAGAAACCACGGUGAAGAAAGUUGUAAAGACCACCACUACUCGCACAGUCAUCCCCUCUGUGUCGGACACUCUGUCUGUGGAUGGAGGCGGUUCCCUUGUUGGGGGUUACGCCUCACCCAUGGUCUACAGACAGGGCCCUGGCGGCGCUGUGCCCAUGGAGUACCCCACCCAUACCGUGCCCCGCAAUUAUCACUACAGUCCCGCGGGGGGCUACGACGACUACCGUGGAGGACCUCCGUCUGAGCCAUACUCCAGCCUUAGCAGGGGGGCUCGGAUGGACGAUCGCUACAGACCAAUCCACCCAGACGGCUACAGAACCCUGGAUCCAAGCUACCGAGCUCCUAGCAGGAACCAGUUGGACCCAUAUGCUGCCCAACCACAAGUUGGGCGACUGGGAAGUGCAAUGGAGCUGUCGUCCAUUCCCCGGUUUGUCGCAGAUCCGUACGGUCUGGAGGAUGACCAGCGCAGCAUCGGCUACGACGAGCCAGACUACGGCAUGGGACACCCAAUGCACUACAACACCAUGCCCCUCAACCACGCCUUCCCACAUGGCCCUCCGCCGCGCAGGACUGGGAGUUAUGAAGGCGCUUUAGAUGGUGCAGGAGAGGUUUACUAUUAUGGUGCCGGGGCACCUCUGGCUAAGGGUGAGAGGGGCAGCGUGGCUUCACUGGACACUCUGAGUAUGAGGAAAGGACCACCAGCUAGUGGAUGGCGUCAGCCAGAGCUGCCAGAGGUCAUCGCCAUGCUGAACUACAGACUGGACCCAGUCAGGAGCAAUGCAGCUGCAUACCUGCAGCAUCUCACCUUUAAGAACGACAAAGUGAAGUCUGAUGUCCGCCGACUGAAAGGCAUUCCUGCCCUUGUGUCCAUGCUUGACAACCCUAACAGAGAGGUUCACUUUGCAGCGUGUGGAGCACUAAAGAACAUUUCUUUUGGCAAAGAUGCAGACAAUAAAAUUGCCAUUAAGAACUGCGAUGGAGUUCCAGCGCUGAUCAGGCUGCUGAGAAAGACGCGCGAUCAGGACCUCACAGAGAUCAUCACAGGGACUCUAUGGAACCUGUCGUCCCAGGACUCUGUGAAGAUGGAGAUUGUGGAUAACGCGCUGCACGCUCUCUGUGACGAGGUCAUGGUUCCCCAUUCGGGCUGGGAGCGGACGACCAACGGUGCUGGAGGGGGCGAAGAAAACGGCAAGCCCAGAACUCCCGAGUGGGACACGGCGCUCACUAAUACAGCGGGCUGUCUGAGGAACGUGAGUUCAGAGAGAAUUGAGGCGAGGCGGAAGCUGAGAGAGUGCUCCGGUUUGGUCGAUUCCCUCAUGUACAUCGUUCAGUCCCAGAUUAACUGUAAAGAGCUCAGCAAUAAGUUGACUGAGAACUGUAUUUGUCUGCUGAGGAACUUGUCGUAUCAUGUGCACAAAGAAAUACCGAACUUCGAGGCCUACGAUGAGAGCAAACAAGCCAACUUGGGCCCUGCCCCCUCAAGCCAGAGGGCUGGCUGCUUCAGCUCCCGCAAGGGCAAAGAUGAGUGGUUUUCCAAAGGAAAGAAAGAUGAGGAAGCACCUGAAGAGAGAAUAAGUAUCCCACCGAGGGCCACGCCUGCUAAAGGCUAUGAGCUGCUGUUCCAGCCAGAGGUGGUCCGCAUCUACACAUCGAUGCUAAAGGAGAGCCACAACCUCAUCGUGCUGGAAGCCUCAGCUGGAGCCAUUCAGAACCUCUGUGCUGGAAGAUGGACUCACGGACGAUACAUCCGUGCGUUGAUGCGUGAAGAGAAAGGCUUGGUCGUGGUGAGCGAGCUGCUGGACAACACCAAUGACCGAGUCGUCCGUGCCAUGUCCGGAGCGAUCCGUAACCUGGCGAUAGAUCCGCAUAACAAGAAACUGCUCGGUAAAUACGCGGUACCCUACCUGGUGGGAGACUUGCCUGGUGGUGGGCAGAAUCAACCAGUGAAAGCGCUGUCAGAAGAGACAGUGGUGUCCAUACUGAGCACGCUCCAUGAGCUGCUGGGAUCCGACGUGGAGGCUGCAAAAACCUUGAGGGCCUCGCAAGGAAUUGAGAGACUCGUGCUCACCAACAAGGACAGUAACCGCUCAGACCGGGAGGUGCGUGGAGCCGGGCUGGUGCUGCAGAGUGUGUGGGCCCACAAAGAGCUCCGUCGGACCCUGGAGAAGGACGGCUGGAGAAAGACCGACUUUAUGGUCAACUUAAAUCCCCCCAAAUCCGAUGACAAUAGGCUCAAUGGAAGACAUGACGACAGCACUUUGCCUCUCAUUGAUAAAGGUGGGAAAAGAGAUGAAGAAAUGAUUCCAUUGAAUGAGUUUGGACCAGACGCCUACUCCACACUGGACCAGAGAGGCAGAAAGAACACGCUGGAUAAAACACUCGAUGCUGCUGACCAAGAUUCAGUACAGGGAGGGAUGUAUGGGGAGAGGCAGGCUUCAUUGCCUCUGUUGGAUUCUUACGAUGGUUAGGCUACAUCCACUGUCACACUGCAUGUCAGCGCAUGAAGAACUGAUUGUGUGCAUCGCAAGACGACAGCCUCCUCCAACUUACUGCCCCUGCUGAACUGACAACGGGGGCGACCACUACACUACCGCCAGGAUUUAACUCCAACAUGUACACUCACUCCUUUAUGUCGCAGCUUCUCUUCUUCUUCUUCUUCUUCUCUCUCUGUUACAUUCCUCUAUUGCAGCGGACGAAUGAAUGAAACUACAGGAAGUGAUGUGGAUCUAAAGCGCUGCCUGUGGACAACGGAUCGUGACUCUAUAACCACUCUGCUCCGUGAUUCAAUAACCACUAAGUUUGAGUUUGUGGCUUAUGAUUCUACAUCUCUGUGAACAGCACUACAGUACAACCUACCAGGAAGACACUAAAAGGCCUGAUUUGACACUUUUUAAUGGAAAUGAUCAGACUGGAACACUUUGUGGGGAAGUUUUAUAUUCAUGAUGAUGACACUAUUUUGACAAAAUCAAGGGAAUGUGUUUUUUUUUUCUUCCCUGACUUUUGCUGGCUAUACGCUACAAAAUUCUCUGACAAUAAUUGUUUCUGUCUUAUUAGAUCUGUUUAAAGCUUCUGCCUCUUGUUGCUGUAGUGGUUGAUCCUCUACUUGCUUUGCUCUGAACUGCUACUUGUAUACAUGCUUCCUAUCUGUGCCAAAAUGUUGAGGCAGAGUUCAAAAUCUUUUUUUUCUUUCAGUAGCUGCACUAAAAAAUGUCCUUUGCUUUAUUUGACGUGCCGCCUGUGUUUCAAAGUUUGCAUCGCUGAUCUCUUUGGGGCCUCUGACUUUGGUGAAUAUCCAUAAAUAUAAAUCAGUGCAAGUAUCUGUAAUACAUAUGUGUCAGUACAGAGGAAUAAAUGAGAAUAUUUUUCCUCUGGCUUGUUGGAACAGACAGAAGAGUCUGUAUUUAAAGUGAUCCUUCUUCCAAAUAGUUUAAUAAUCCUGGAAAGUCUUGGGAGAUGCCAAAGCAUCCGUCAAACUGGAUCUGCUGGUCUUUAUGAAUGUGCAAGAGAACUGUUGCUAACAGUGAGCUAACUGGAGUGCCUCACAUAUUGGAUGUAUCCAACAUAGCCUGAAAAGACAAACGUUUUUCACUUUCUCCUAUUGCUACAGCUUAUAUGUUGGGAAUACAGCAAGGGGGUUUUAAAGCCUGUUCUGGAAGAAUAAGUGAGCUAAUGUUUAAAAUCUCCUCUUUGUAUGGCAUAAAAUUCUCGAUUUCUGUUUAACUUACUGCUUCAGAACACUAUUUCCAAGGCAAAUCCAUGUUGUGAGUUUUAGCCCACAUUUGUUAGUGCCGAGUGAGAUGUAGAUAUUGUCUGGAUUGUUAAAAGAAGCACUAUAGGGGGGAAAAUGUAUUUGGGUUGUUUUGUUUAGUUGGUUGUUUUUUUUUUGCUUUGUUUUUUUUUUUUUUUUUUUUUUUUUUACUUUUCCAUUCCAGGUGAAAAAUGAUUCUCUUUUUCCCUAAACGGACAAAUUGCCUUCGACCAUAAAUUUAAUAAAGUUGGAGAACAGCAAAGGAUCAUGUCAGAAAAUCUGUAAGGAGGCGUAGAACACAAUUUGCUACUAGUUAAAAUGGUGAAAAGAAUAAAAGCACAUCUAAACUAUAUAUAUUCAAGAGAAUAUUUGUUAAUUUUAAUGGUUUUAUGUAUUUUCUUUUUAUAUUGAUUUGGGAGUUCAUUGUUUCGGGUGUGCUGGGUGAAUGCAUAUGCAAUCAGUUUUUAUGUUUUGAUUGAAAAAGAACUGAGUUUACGUCCUAAUUAAAUGCAAACCAACAUAGCUGGAUUAAAUCAAACUUCCUACGCAGAACAUUCUGAUUGUGGAUUACACCUUAAUCUCUUUGCCUUGGCUCUUAAAAGUUGCACAUUCUCAUUUAUGAUUGAAUUAUGUAACUAGCAAUAAUGUUUUUAAUAAAAAAGAAAGCUAGA